UGCUCUGCUGCCGUAGGACAGUCUUUUCCUGUUGAAAGAUUGACAUGAACAGGUGUCAGGCUACAGCUGAACAACAUCCGGAGGACGGGAGAGGAUUUCCACCGGCUGGACUGUUUCAGAGCACAUUUUUCCAAAGAAAUGCAGACAUGUCUUUCAACGCAAUCCUUUCAGUAACCUAUGAUGAGAUCAACGAGAGUAACACGUUCACUAAUGGGGAUCGCAUUUCUGGCCACGUUACUUUAGAUGUUACGAAGAAAACAAAAAUAAACUCCUUACGGAUUAAACUGAAAGGGAAAAUAAAAGUUCAUUGGAGCGUACCAUGCCGUAUUGCAGGAAGGUCAUCAUCUAAGGGCUACAGCGAUGAAGAGAUUCUUAUCAAUUCAGUCCAAUACUUCGUUGGAGGUGACCUUGGCACUCUACUAUUGACAGAUCCCAAUGGGCAACCCUAUUCCAAUACAAUUGCGCCAGGGCGUCACCUAUUCCCCUUCACCUUUGAUCUACCUCAAGAAAAAAUGCUUCCUUCUUUCAAAGGAGUGCAUGGCAAGAUUAUUUACUUCCUGGAGGCUAAGAUGACCAGAUUGAUGCGGAUACCAAGCAAAGACAGAAUAGAGUUCACCUUUGUUCCAAAACCCAACCCUAACAACCGAGUAGUGCAGGUAAAAUUUAUAUGCACAUUAAUCUCGAUCACAUGGCUGAACUUUUUUGAUGAUUUUGAAGGAGAAGGGCUAACAGUCACGGGAACAACUCAGAACACCUCAAGCAGUCCAGUCAGGCUGAACUUUCGCCUGAGCCAGGUCCAGGAAUGUUGUGCACAAAACAAGCACUGGAGCCAUGACUCCCAAGAUAUCCUGAUGGAAAGAAGUGACAUUAUUCGUCCCUUUAGGACUGCAAAUGUGACACAAGUGCUGAGCAUCCCACGUAACAUCCCCGCUUCUCUUCUCAACUGCAGGCUCAUGAAAGUAGAGUACAAGCUUUGGAUCUAUCUUGAGGGAAAACAUUCGUUCGACUCGAUUGUAUUUACCGUGGAACUCCUUCCUCCGCGACAAGAUGGCGGUCAAAGCAGUUUCUCGGAGCAUUCAAGGAGCACCAGCCGAGCGUCCCAGGUCCUCCGAUCUCCCUUACUCUGUGGCAGCCCCCUUCCUGCUGACAUACACUAUCUCUUCUCAAAGUAAAAUAAUGUGUUCGUUUCAUGACUCAUAUUGCCAAUGGCACUUUAAAUGCAUCUUCACUGAGGUUGCAAUAAGGUCUGUGCCCGAAUAUGCACAGAAACAAGGCUCAGUUCAAAAGAAGAGUUGGCAGCUUAACAGUAUUUGAACAGUAAAAUGUUUUUACAUUUGACAUUUGUUGUCAUCAAAUUUUCCACUCACAGUAGAUAUCUUUAUUUUUACCAUGUUUUAAAGUUUAUUUUUGAGCAGUGUGCCUGGGUGAGAGAGAGAUGGAUUAUGAUGGGGGAAUGACUGUGGGCCAUACUCACAACCCAAGUGCUUAUGGACGCUCUGGUAAAAGUGCUGGUGCCACUUGGCCCACAGCUCCUCCACUUCUCCCACUUCUCCCAUACUGCCUCUAAAGUUCAUUUGGGGUUCUGUAUCAGUCAGGUUAAGCUACCACAGUGUCAUAGAGAGCCACUGAAGAGUCCAUCAUGGUUCCAUAUGACAUUUUUUGGAAAUGUGCAUAAUGAAAGUUUUAGCAGUAUUCAUUCCUAUUAGGUGGGCAAUGCAGUCUGUUUUUUGUCAAUGAUAGUCUAUUAAAUAUCCAGUUGGAGCACACUGACAAGAUCGAUGAGAUCCUUGCUGAAAUAGCACAAUCCCUUCCUACUUUUUAAUAAUUAUAAGUCUUAGCUGGUAUUGCUUAACUGCUAUACUCUCAGUUAGUUGGCCAUGUACAACAACACAGUUCAUGGCGUAACAAGAUAGCUGGGUUGCUGGGUUAUUAUUUUUCUGCGAUUUGCCUUGGAUUGCAAUUGGACAGCAGAAAUAGUCAGAAAGUGAGUGGGUGAGUUGUGAAAGUUGGAUCUGGAAAUGGCCUUGGGUUUGAAUGAAACCUGGGUCCCCAUAAGCGCUUACUGUAGACCUAGACUGUGGUAUGAUGCUGCCACUAAGUGAACAAAGUGAAGUAAACCAAUUGAACCAAACUUGGGAAGUAAUCACUUUAUCUUAGAAUCCAGACCAUGAGAUGAUUUUAAGAUGGCAUAUAGGAUGUUAAACCCCACUGAAAUGAGUUCAAGCACAUCUUUUGUCUCGUCUCUCUGAACUCUAGUUGAUGUUCUCACUGCCCAGUCCCUCACUCAUUGUCUUAUCUUAUUUUUCUCAUUCAUAUAAUUUCAUUUGGGGAUGUAUCUAUCUAUGUAUUUAUAUGUUAGUUUAUUUUACAUGUGUAAAAUGUGGUGCUUUGGAUGCUUGUAUAGAAUUCAAGAAAAUAUCUUCAUCUAUCAUAUACUUGAUUUAUUUAUCAAAUGGUCAUUUUAAAGGAAAGUUGAUGAUUGUUUUGCCAGGGGGAUUGUGUAAACUAUUGAUUCAUGUUAUGGGAACUACAAA